GAGCGUUUCUCGUAGCUUCGGAGCACCUCGGAUAGCUUCCUCGAGCGAUGUACUCGUGACGUCUCCAGCCCCUCGCAGCGCGACAGGUCCCUGACCUACUUCGCUUGAGUCUGCGUGCGCGGCGCGUCCGAGGAGAAUCAUUUUCGUUCUGUGUUUGUUCAUUCGUUCACGUAUGGAGCAAAGUUUAGAAGCGCGAGCAGUGUCGGAGGUUGUGAUCAAAAUCGAUGACUCGGAGGACGCUAGACCGGAGACGGAGCCAGAAUCCGACCGAGUAGAAGACGAGUCCAUGACGGAUGAAGUUAAGGUGAUGAACGAGGCUAGAGAUUCGCAAUCACCGGAGACGUGUCCCAUCGCGGACGAAGCAGUCUGCCCUCCGUCUCAAUCAGCUGAUGUAGGGACCUAUAACCCACCGCGAUUCGACGUGACGCCAACCCUAGUGUACACCGACGUUUUUGAAAACUUCACCAAAGGAGUGAAGUGGGCGAGCAACGGCGUGAACUUCGCUGUUGUGACUGACGAUAAUCAGAUCCAUUCUUGGAAAACCGUGGAGGACCUGGGCAGGUAUUUUGUUCCGGACAAAAUUCUGACGGAGCGUUUGACAACGAUCCGAGAACCCCAACCGAUAAAUGACUUCGCGUGGCACCCGGCCCACGAUAGGAGUUCCUUCGUGACCACCUGUAACACCCAGCCCUUGCAUUUAUACGAUGCAACAACGGGGAAACUCCUCUGUAGUUACGUAGCGAAGAAUCAUCUGGAUGAACUCGUCGCGGCGUACUCAGUACAGUUCUUGAGGUCCGGAGAGAAAGUCUGCGCGGGUUACAAGAAAUUUGUGCGGAUUUUCGAAGUCGAGUACUGCGGACGAUCAACGGAGGUGAGCACGUGGAAACAGUAUCAAGCCGGCAUCGUCUCAGCCAUCGACGCCAGUGAAGUCGCUGACAGUCUGAUGGCUGUCGGAACCUACUGCAACAGUGUUGCACUCUAUGAUCUCAGAACUGGGAAGAUAUCUCACGAUCCGGUUGUCGGUCAUAAAGGCGGAAUCACCCAGCUCCGUAUGUCCGCUGACGGUGGAUUGUUGUACUCUGGCGCGAGAAAGGACAACGUCAUCCAAUGUAGAGAUUUGAGAAAGUUCGAGGAAGUUUUAUACGAGUUUCCGAGGGUCUGCACGACGAAUCAGCGGAUGCACUUCGAUCUCUGCUACGAGGAGGAUUAUCUGUGCACAGGGAACACCGAUGGAAGCUGUUACCUGUGGGAUCUCCGCAAUCUCAAAAUGUACGAAGAGAAUAAGUGCGAGCCGAAUCUGAUUUUCUUGCCACAUACAGAUCUACGAAAAACCCGAUCCAGCGCUGCGAACGGGAUCAGUUUUCAUCCUUGGGCGCCACUGUUGGCCUCGAGCUCCGGUGGAAGGUCUACGACUGUAUGGGACGAGGAAACAGAGCAAUGUCUCUGGACGAAAGCAUCCGAAUAUGCGGUGAAAUUAUGGAAGUUUCCUUGCUGAGUGUCCUUCUUUAAUUCAUAAAUCGUGCCAGGAUCGUCGUUCUGCGAUGGCGCGCUUCUAAUCAAGUGAUCUCACUCU